AGGUAGAUCUCGAUAGGAUGUCGGUGCGCGGGGUGGGGGUGUGGCUGGCUGGCAGCCAGUGCCAAGCAGAGUCUCCAUCUUCGCUCUCCCUCCCUCCCCGCCAUCUGCUCGGCCGCACUUUGGCUCAGACCACACCCACCCGCUCCUUUCUUCCCCCGGGGGAGCGGGAGGCAGCAGCCAGCCAGCCAGCCCUCGCCAGUUGCCAGGAAGCCGUCCGUCGGCGAUGCCCUCUGAUUGGAACGCUGCGCUCAUCCAUCAGGGCGGCCGGCGGAGGGUGCCUGCUCGCUCCUCGCCGCGUCUCGGACCAGGAGGGGCCAUGCCGAGACUACGGGCUUAGCGGGUGGGGGUGGGUGGCGGCAGGGGGAGGAGGAAGAGGCUGGCUUUCUUGGCAGGCGAAAGGCGCGCCCAGCCACCUCCGGCUUCCACCAUGAGUCCGGCGUGAGCGCAGCCGAGGGCGCACGGACAUCUCCAUGGUGCAGGACGGCGGCAUGUCACGCACACCUUACAGCUCCAGCCAAGACAUCCAGAUGGAGGUCUUGGACAACCCGGGCCUCCAGGGGAAAUAUAGCAAAAGGAAGAAUCGCUUCAAACGCUCUGAUGGCAGCACCUCAUCUGACACGACUUCAAACAGUUUCGUCAGGCAGGGUUCUGCUGAGUCCUACACCAGCCGGCCCUCUGAUUCCGAUGUGUCGUUGGAGGAAGAUCGCGAGGCCCUGCGCAAGGAGGCAGAACGCCAAGCCCUAGCACAGCUGGAGAAGGCAAAGACCAAACCAGUGGCAUUUGCUGUGAGAACGAACGUGGGCUACAAUCCAUCUCCCAAUGAUGAUGUGCCGGUCCAAGGCCUGUCUAUUUCCUUUGAACCCAAAGACUUCCUUCAUAUCAAAGAGAAAUACAACAAUGACUGGUGGAUCGGACGCCUGGUCAAAGAAGGCUGCGAGGUCGGCUUCAUCCCCAGCCCCGUCAAGCUGGAGAACAUGCGGAUGCUACAGGAGCAAAAGAUGAGGCAGCACCGACUCAGCUCCAGCAAAUCAGGAGACAACUCCACCUCCAGCCUGGGAGAUGUGGUGACUGGCCCCCGGAGACCCACCCCGCCUGCCACUGGUACCUUGGACAUGACAAACUUAGUUUAUGACCCAGACGCCCUUGACUUAGAGGAGGAGGAGGAGGCCACCGAGGAGAACCAUCGAACCCCCAAGACUAGUGUUAGCAGCGUCACCACGCCCCCCUCCACCACCAAGCGCCGCCCCUUCUUUAAGAAGGCGGAGCAUGUGCCACCCUAUGAUGUGGUUCCUUCCAUGCGGCCCAUCAUUCUUGUAGGCCCAUCCUUGAAAGGGUAUGAGGUGACGGACAUGAUGCAGAAAGCUUUGUUUGAUUUCCUGAAACGCCGAUUCGAUGGCAGAAUAUCCAUCACACGUGUGACAGCUGAUAUCUCCUUGGCCAAGCGCUCGGUCCUCAACAACCCCAGCAAACACACCAUCAUCGAACGCUCCAGCACCCGCUCUAGCCUGGCUGAAGUGCAGAGUGAGAUCGAGCGCAUCUUUGAGCUGGCCCGCACCCUGCAGCUGGUAGCUCUGGAUGCAGACACCAUCAAUCACCCGGCUCAACUGUCCAAGACCUCAUUAGCGCCAAUUAUCGUCUAUAUCAAGAUAUCCUCCCCCAAGGUGCUGCAGAGACUGGUGAAAUCGAGAGGUAAAUCCCAAGCCAAGCACCUGAAUGUGCAGAUGGUGGCAUCAGACAAAUUGGCGCAGUGCCCCCCUGAGAUGUUUGACAUUAUCUUGGACGAGAACCAGUUGGAAGAUGCCUGUGAACACCUGUCUGAGUACCUCGAAGCCUAUUGGAAGGCCACGCACCCUCCCAGCAGCAACCCACCCAAUCCGCUGCUGACCCGCACCAUGGCGACGGCUGCCUUGGCUGCCAGCCCCGCCCCAGUCUCCAACCUCCAGGUACAAGUGCUGACCUCGCUCAAGCGCAACCUGGGGUUCUGGGGCGCGAGGGGCAGCCUGGACCAGGGGCUGAGCGGAGCUGUCCGGGUGGAGGAGCACGAGCUGUAGCUUUCGGGGGAACCCGAGGUAGUUGUUCGGAAAUGAAGAAACGAGCACAGGGAAGCCUUGCUAACGAGGGCUCCCCCUUACCUACAAAGGACUUGUCAGUGCUGCUGUUCAGUCAAGGCGAUCUCUCUCUUUCGCCUCCCUGCCCCUUCUCCGAAGCUGUCCUGCUAAAGUACACACACAAAGACCCCUUUCCCCUCGCAAUCUGACUUUGAUUAAAGGAUGACCUCAGCAAGUCACCAGCACAUCUCUCCCGCCCUACACCCCGCCGUCUCUUAUCCUUUGAGCAAUGCUUCCUGGGGACAUCAAAGAAGCAUCUCAGCUAGGAAAAGUGGGUUUGUUGUUUAGGGCAGGUUCUGUGGGCUGCUCUGAACCAGAUCUAAAAUGGCAUCACAAAGGAAGGGUUUUCCUCUACCUGCUCAUGGGAAAGAAGUCAGUUGGCUUUCCAGUGUGCCACGUGAAUGCAGAGCCUGGUUUUCAGCAGGGGCAGGUCCAUUAUGCUGCCGAGUUGCCCUCAAAGACCCGUUUUGUCCCUGCACGUAGUGCCUUCCCCCCUCCAUCUGCCACACGCUCUUUGUUCCGUUCUCUUAACACACAGGGUGAAUUUGGGCAGCUGCUUCCCAAUCCACUUUUCUAACAAGCAGUGAUUUCCGGUCACCAAGUGGCAGGAACGCACUGGUCUAAAGGGAUCUGUAAGGUCACGGGGUUUGUACGGGGCCCCACUUUGGAUAAUCUGGCAGGAGCACCAAGUCUAUGACCUUAUGGAUCCCUUUCACAAUAACCAUGGUCUGCUGAGUUUCUGCCACCUAGUGACAGGAAGUCAUGUUUCUUGGGAGGCUGGGGAGCAGUUGUGGCUGCAGUAGAUCGCAUCGGUGGUAAUACCUCAUCAAGUUAACCUUGUCCACUUGAUUCCCGUGCCCUCAGUGCAAAGCAUUUACUGGCAGGCAAAACCAUAUUGUCAGAAUCUCACCUCCAGAGCUGGGUGACUUUUUACAUUGACAGUGCCCCGCAUCGUUGCCUAAGCCUAGGCCAAGUCAAGGACCGAUUGCCAAGCAUAGCAAGCUGAACAGAGCUCCAUCAAACUCAUCUCUCUUGUGAGCUAAAAAGAAGAAGAAGAAGUCUGCAUUGAGUAGAAAUAGAUUUAUUACUGCAGAAUCCACUUUUUUGCUUGGGUGGCAUGAUGCCUGCCCAUCGUUCUAAUGUGAAUUUGGACAUGCUUCAAAUGCAUGUUUGGGUGUAUGAUGGGAAACCCCAUGCUGUGUCACAUUUUUAAAAAGAAAAAGGCAAACCCUGAAGUGGUUAAACAGAAGUGACCACCAUUCCCCCAAAGGUGUUUAGCUAUCAAUAAGUUUACCACCUUCACAUCUGGCUCCCAGGGCUGUUUUAUUGCAUGGUGUGGUAAGUGACUGCUGUUGCUGCUGCUGCUUUUACAUAUAAAUAACAGAAGGUGGUCCAGCUGAUCAGCACAGGUGGUUCUGUAUGUGUUCUGUGUGAUGCUAACUCUCUAUCUUUUUAUGUCUUAACUAACUGAUGAGUUCUCAAACAGGCUGAUGAUGAGCCUCUCUCUAACAUGGUGCAAAGCAGUUAACCAUGGGAAGCCCCAAUUUCUAUAGGUGAAGGUGAAGGGGUAGCUUGAGAUGCAAGUUGCCACCUCUUGAAACCAUAUUUUGCUGCAGGGAUGGGAAACCUGAUGUUGUUGGACUCCAAAUCCCAUCAGCCCCAGCCAGCACAGCCAGUGCCCAGGGAUGAUGGGAGUUGUAGUCCAGCAACAUCUGGAGAGCCCCAGGCCCCCCAUCCCUGCUCUAUUCUAUACAUUGUGCUCUGCAUCACCCAUAGAAUGCCGUGCCCAAAGAGCAAUUUCAGACAAAUGUCGCAGAUCACCAUUAUGAAGAUCUCUGCCUGGAACUGUUCAUUUCGCAUUUGAAGCCAAAACCUUCCGAAACAAUUCGAGAACCGAAACGCAGCCAGCCUUCAAGAUUCACACUUGCACAAAUCUGGCAAUGCAGUCCUGCACUUGAACAAAGAUUGCAAAAAUGUGUGCAUUAGGGGGACAUGUGCACAAUAUAUUAGUGAAAAUAACAUAGUAAAAUGCAUUCUGUUAGGAGAAAUUGCUUACAACGAUGUGUCCAUUAAUCUAAACUCUACCAAAAAAGGGGGGGGGGGUUUAUUAGGAGAAAUUUGCACCAACCUGUUGGAGAAGUUUUAUGAAGAUUAAGAAAAAACCAACAACCUUCAAAUGGCUGUAGAAAUGUAGAGAUCUGAAUUUGAGAUGGGGGAAAGUGAGGAGCUGAAACCAACAGAUCUUUCCAUCCCCAUCUGUGAGGGAUGUAAAAUCCAUGCUUUUUUGUUUUCGUUUUUGACCUGCUUAACUACCAGGUCCAGAGAAAUCACCUGUCUUUGCAGGGGAAAUUCCCCCUUAGAUUUCAUGAGGUUUGCCAGGCCAGAGUUUGAGAGCCCCUUGUGCUAACCUGUUUUGGGGCGCUGCUGCUGCUGCUGCUGCUGUGUCAUGGCCGCACUAACUCUCGUCUCCUUUCUCCCUUUCUCGUGCAUGGUGUGUGGUGAAUGCCUCUUUCCACCAGGGACCCUACUUAGUGCAUGGGGAGGAGCCGCUCGACCCAGAGCACACCAGCCUGCACGACUAUGCGGGGCAGCCGGCUGGGCACGGCCAGAUCCGCGCCGCGCCGCCCCCCU